UAAGCUCGUACAUCCCGCACUUGUCAGUGUUCCAGCAGGUCAGUGUAUUUCCCAGCCGCCGUCGGAUUGACUGGACAGACUUAUGUUUCUAUUUGUGACACGGGCUCAUUUGUGGAUAAACAGAGCGGAAGAGCGUGAUUCGGUGAAAUGUCGCUCUCCGGUUCGGUUGAGAGACAGCGGACGGCAGGUUUGCACGAGUACGUAAAUCCGGUAGUGCAGAUUCCAGUGCAGGAAUCACUGCAGUCUGUCAGACCGGUUCUUCGUCUUUGCCCUUAACUUAGAUAUAAAGCAACCGAAUCGCGUGGCAAAAAGUCUUUUAAUGUGCGUUUAAAAGUGGUAAGUUGCUUUUGCGCUACUUUUUGUUGUGUUGUGACGUCAUACUGUCAGGUAUACACGUUCACGUCGGCCAUUCCUGCUCACCUGACCAGCAAUAACAGCUGAAUAACAUGACAUGGUGUCAUUGAGUUACUAAAUUAUAGCGGCAGUUUGAGUGUUAGGUACGUUUUGUUUUGAUAUGACGUCAUGGUCCUUGUUGAAUGACGUCACAGAGGUCACUCCCGGGCGGGACAGCGGCUGGCUUCACCAGCAACCAGUUAUGAGCAGUCUUACUAAGAAGACACGCUUUAUUAACAAUCCUGGCAAUAAACUGUCUUUUGGCAAUAGAGUGUGGAACGAUGCCUUCUUCAGCCUCUACGACGAGUCCGUUGGGAGAGGGAUGUACGCAGUGCGGUCAGACAUGGACAGACACCCUUCACCACGGGACAGAAUGACGCUGAGACUCGGGAACCACAACAAUCCAGCCUCGGACGUCCUUCCUAGGGGCCAUCUGGACCCAUGCACAACUCCUGUCACCAGCUACCUCCAUACCAGCAAUGCAGAUGACUGCACAAACCCUGCCUCAGACUACCACGGUAAGGAUCAUCUGCUCGACUUUCGGAAAACGACCCGCUCCAGCGCUUCCAGACACCGAUUUGAGGUGAUCACAGAGCUGGGACCGGAGGAGGUCCGGUGGUUUUACAAAGAGGACAAAAAGACAUGGAAGCCCUUCAUGGGACACGACUCUCUCAGGAUAGAAAUCAUGUAUCGCAGAUUCUGCGAGUUAAACCCAGAAAGGGCUUUAAACCGAGAGAGCCGUGGUGGAGAGGAGGUUCCUAAAGUUGACGGGCUUGAUGGAGGUGAACCGUCGCUGGAUACCAGCAGUGAGAGAUUUGAGAGCGUUGACAUCACAUUAGAGGCGGUGUGUGUCAGAGGAGGACUCUAUGAAGUGGAUGUGAGGAAUAAAGAGUGCUAUCCGGUGUACUGGAAUCAACAGGAUCGUAUCCCUGUCAUGAGAGGCCAGUGGUUCAUUGACGGCACAUGGAUGCCUGUAGAGGAGGAUGAGAGCGACCUCAUUGAGAAAGAACACCUGGCGCGUUUCCGAGGACAACAGAUACAGGACGCCUUUGAGUCUGACACGCUGGCCAAGACUGUGGACAGAAAAGAUGUUCUUUCCCAUUUCCCCCCAUUCUACCUCCCCUUUCUAUUCAAAUGGAGCGGAUAUCAGACGAGUGCUAAAAGUCACAAGCGAAAGCGAUGUCAAGCCAUUCACAGUCUGCAGUUGAGCCGCAGUCAUGUGGACUGGUACAGCGUGGAUGAGGUGUAUCUGUAUAGCGAUGCCACCACGUCUAAGAUCGCCCGCACUGUCACGCAGAAGCUGGGUUUUUCUAAAGCCUCCAGCAGUGGCACCAGACUGCACCGCGGCUUUGUGGAAGAGGCUUCGCUGGACGAUAAGCCCCCUCAGACCACACACAUAGUGUUUGUGGUCCAUGGCAUUGGACAGAAGAUGGACAAGGAUCGCAUCAUCAAAAACACUGGCAUGCUGCGGGAAGCUGUGAGGAAGAUGGAGGAGAAGCACUUUGCUGAGCAAACAGAGGAACAUGUGGAGUUCCUGCCGGUCGAGUGGCGCUCUAAACUGGCUUUGGACGGCGACACAGUGGAGUCAAUCACACCAGAUAAAGUGAGAGGCCUGAGAGAUUUACUCAACAGCAGCGCCAUGGACAUCAUGUACUACACCAGCCCUCUCUACAGAGACGAGAUCACUAAAGGUUUGACGCAGGAGCUCAACCGCCUCUAUUGUCUGUUCUGCUCACGAAACCCUGAAUUUGAGAGCAGAGGCGGGAAGGUGUCCAUCAUCUCCCACUCGCUGGGCUGCGUGAUCACCUUUGACAUCAUGACAGGGUGGGAUCCUGUGCGCUUCUGUCUGCAAGAACAUCAUGAUCAGCUGGAGGGUGAAGAUUUACACUGGACCACUCAUGAAGAGCGCCACCUGCUGGAGGAAGUGCAGCUAACCAGACAACGGUUACGAGAACUGCAAGAUCAACUUCAGGGCCUGAAGGCAUCAAAAGCUGCACCCUUCCCUACAUUAAAGUUUAAGGUGGAGAACUUCUUCUGCAUGGGUUCUCCUCUGGCUGUGUUUCUGGCUUUGAGAGGCAUUCGGCCCGGUAACACCGGUGAGCAGGACCACAUCAUGCCCAAAUCCAUCUGCCGACGCCUCUUCAACAUCUUCCACCCAACAGAUCCUGUGGCCUAUCGACUGGAGCCUCUUGUUCUAAAGCACUAUAGCAAUAUCACACCUGUCCAAAUACACUGGUGUAACACCGUCAACCCAACACCGUAUGAUGAGAUCAGACCCACAUAUCUAAACGCGAGUAAGAACGCAGCAUCCGACACAGAAAACGGCUCCAGUCCCAGCAGCUCACCGGUACUGGCCAGGAGGCACUACGGAGAGUCCAUCACCAGCCUGGGCAAGGCCAGCAUACUGGGUGCUGCGAGUUUUAGCAAGGGAAUCAGCGAGAUGUUCUUCUCUCAUUUCUCUCGAUCACCCAGCCUGCCGUCGGCCGUGGAUUCUGGGAUAGGUGACAGUGAGGACAGCCAAAGUGCUUUUGCAUUUUCAGCCAUAUCUCCAUCCUCAUCCUCCUCUUUAUUCGAAGCAGCAGUUGAGAUGGAGCAUCGCAUUGACUAUGAGCUUCGGGAGGGUUUGGUGGAGAGCCGCUAUUGGUCAGCGGUGACCUCACACACGGCCUACUGGACGUCCAAUGACGUCGCCCUGUUCCUCCUGACCUUCAUAUACAAGCAACAGAGCACAGAGCAGACAGAAAAUUCCAAUUCCAUGUAGCACAGACGGCACUUUCCUCAAUAAAGACUGUUGUCAUCCUGUCUGCUUUGGGUCUGUAGGACACUUCAAAGAACACUUGGUGCCUCUGAGUUUCCUAAGCCUUCCCAGACGGACAGAGGCUGGACUAUGCAAAACCUGCAGCUCCCAACCUCAUUAUUAAGAAAUCCUAAUAUUUUUUUAUAUAAUAAAUAGUUUAAAUAGUGCACCUGAUCCACAGGAGGUAAAUCCAACAGACAUGCAAGAGUUUGGACCAUGUGGCUCUAGAGGUCAUAGAGUUCUUUAUUUAUCCAGCAGCGCAUAAUUAUGGAAGCUCGUUUCUGCCAUAGAAUAAAAAAAAAAAGGGAAUUGUGACUUUUUAUCUCAAAACUUUUUUCCUCACAAAUGCGAGUUUACUGUAUUCAGUACAUCACAGUUGCAAGUUAUACACUCAUAGAAGUUUACAUCUCACAAUUCUGACUUUUUUUCUAAAAAAAAAAAAAACUUUUUCUUUUCUAAAAAACAACUUUUUUUGGCCAUGAAAUUAAAAAUAAAUAAAUAAAUAAAAUAAAAAGGUAACUAUUAUCUCAUUAUCUCACAAUUCAGACUUUCCCUGUAACAAUUCCAAGUUUGUAUCUAAUAAUUAUGAAGUUUCUUUUUAGAACUGUGAGCUAUUUUUCCCUAAAUUGAAAAAAAAAAAAAGUCUGAAUUGUGAAAUGUUAAUUCAGAACUGCAAUGAGGAAGUAAGAACUGUGAACUGUGAUAUAAAAUGUACCUUAAUUUUUAUUCUGUAGUGGAAACAAGCUUUCAUACAUAAUAAACCCUUAACAAUGGGUGGCACUUAUUUAAAUGUGUAUAUGAGAUUUUUUUUUUAGAUAGUUUUGUUUUGACUUGAGGGAACAAUGUCUAUUUAAUGCAAUAAGAAGCACAAUUAAAUGUGUAUUGUUAACAAAAUUGUAUUUUUAUGCAGAAGGGUACUUGAGGUUCCUUUAUUAUGCCCUCACAACUACAAUGUGAUGUGGUUUGACCUUAUUUAUUUAUUUUACUGAUGCAGCGCACAUGGUUAUGAAUGGAUGAGCAGAUAAUUCAACAUGCUGAUGUCACAGUCAGUAGCCAAAUCCUUCACAGAGAUCGUAAGCAAGUUGUGUUGAUUGUGAAGAAUCUUAUGAAACCUGCCCAGAACAUGUCAAAGUCACAAUUCAUCACCUAAAAUGUUGUUGUUUUUUUUGUUUUUUUUACAGAAUUGUCAUGUUUGCUUGUUCUUUAAUCCAUCCAGACACAUAAAGUGCUUACUUUUCAUGAAAAUGAUCUCACAGUGCAGUGAACAAACAAACAAAGCAAGUGAGUUGUUAAUUAGAAUUUGGAUCUUAAGUGGCUUGUCUAGAUAAAAAAUUUUUUUUUUUCUUUGACCAACUUUUUUGUUUGUUUGUUUCUUUUAUUUACCUGGACAUGUUCUUGAUGGGUUUUUGCAAGAUUCACCAUUCACUUCACUACAGUUUUAGCAUUUAUAUGUGCCACAAAUAACAACACUAUUAGACAGCUGGAAAACACAAUAUUUAGGCUAGAUUACAGAUGACGUAUGCGGGUUGUAGGAUGUGACGGGCUCAAGACUGUUCACGUCAUGUAGUUUGUUCCUGUUCCUUCAGUCACUGUUUGAUGACAUGAAAGGCUGUUGAUGUUUUUUUUUUUUUUUUUCUUUUUUUUUUUUGUUGUUUUAUAUGUCCUUGUAGGUCACGUCUUUAUUGAAAUGUGUCAAUACUACUGAUACUGAUGUUUUACUCAUCUGUUUACCUUCUACACUUGAAGAGCAGAAGUAAGAAAUUAAUUGGUUGUCUGAUUAGAUUCAUUUAGACUGGCAGUCUGAUUUCUCACGGGUGACGUUAUCUGUAUUUAUUUAUUUAUUUUAUUCAUGUAGACCUGUUUUCUUAUUUGCGUGUGAGUGUGUAUGCCACAGGCUCGUCAGUAAGGCUAUAUUAACAGCAGAAAUGUGUUCCUGUCCACUCAUGUUACAUUGGAUCUCAGAUGUACUGUUUAAUUAAUUAAACUGCCUAUAACAGUGA